UUAUCAAUUUAAAAAUAAAAAAAAGCCUAUUUUUGGAGCUCCGAAGCAAACCUCUUUGGGCAAAAAAAAAAGGGAAAAAAAAUUCUCCCUCCAAAAUAGGCGCGCUUCAAUGGAAAAAGCCGAUCGGAGAAAAAUUCAAAGGAGGAAAAGAAAAAAAAAACUCGACUUUCCAUGUCCUUCCUCUCCUUCAUCCCCAAAUCCACAGGAGAAAAAGAUUCCAAAAUUCGACCAGCAUUUCUCUAGAUCGCGUUAAGGAUCGCGGUUCUGGACGCAGAUUGAUUCCGCACGGAAAUCGACCAUGUCAAAAAAUUUGUCGAUCCUGGGCUUGAUUUGAGGAAUUGGGGAUGGCGUCGAGGGCUAUAAUGCCGGUCUGCGAGGUCUUCUGCUUCUUCUGCCCGUCGCUGCAGACGAGAUCUCGGCACCCCGUGAAGCGAUACAAGAAGAUUUUGUCCGAUAUUUUCCCCAAAACGCAGGAAGAAGAAGCAGAUGUUAGAAAGAUCAGCAAGUUAUGUGAAUAUGCUUCUAAAAACCCACUGCGCAUUCCAAAGAUCACAAGUUAUCUGGAGCAAAGGUGUUACAAGGAAUUGAGAACUGAGCAAUUUGGCUAUGCAAAAGUUGUCAUGAGCAUCUACCGCAAAUUAUUAGUUUCUUGCAGAGAGCAAAUGCCAUUAUUUGCAAGUAGCUUAUUAAGCAUCACACAAAUUCUUUUGGAUCAAACAAGACAGGAUGGAAUUCGCAUUAUAGGAUGCCAUACACUUUUUGAUUUUGUAAAUUGUCAGAUUGAUGGCACUUAUCAAUUCAACUUGGAAGCCUUGAUUCCGAAACUCUGUCAACUAUCUCAAGAGAUUGGGGAGGAUGAGCAGUCACAUCAUUUACGUGCAGCAGGCCUGCAAGCUCUUUCUUCUAUGAUUUGGUUCAUGGGGGAGUAUUCUCAUAUAUCAACAGAAUUUGACAAUGUCGUUUCAGUAAUCUUGGAAAAUUAUGAAGGUCCCAAGAAAUCAGAAGAUGCUGUCGAUGAUGAUCAGCCUCAAAAGAAACUGAAUUUGACAAAGAUUCCAACUUGGAAAGAAAUUGUAAAUGACAAAGGAGAACUGAAUUUGACCACGGAUGAAGCCAAGAGUUCCCAUUUUUGGUCCAGGGUUUGUGUACAUAAUACGGCCAAUCUAGCCAAGGAGGCUACAACUGUAAGGCGGGUUUUGGAGUCCCUUUUUCGCUAUUUUGAUAAUAACAAUUCAUGGUCACCUAAACAAGGGCUUGCUCUUUGUGUCUUAUUGGACAUGCAAUUAUUAAUGGAGCAGUCUGGGCAGAAUACACAUUUGUUAACCUCCAUAUUGGUCAAACAUCUUGAUCACAAAGCUGUUGUAAAACAGCCCGACAUGCAGCUAGAUAUAGUCAAAGUUACCACCAAUCUUUCCAAGCAAUCAAAAGUGCAGAUUUCACCAUCAAUAAUUGGUGCCAUGACUGAUCUUGUUAAGCAUUUGCGGAGAACCAUGCAAAGCUCGUGCAAUGAUAAAGACCCAGGGGAUGGAUUGAUCAGUAAAUUCAGAAUAGCAGUAGAUGAGUGCCUCGUUCAGUUAUCUAAAAAGGUUGGUGAUGGGGGACCAGUACUUGAUAUGAUGGCUGUGAUGUUGGAGAAUAUUUCUUACACAGUGUCAGCCGCUAGGGCAACAGUUGCUGCAGUUUACCGGACUGCCCAGAUAAUGGCAUCAGUACCAAACUUGUCUUAUCAAAAUAAGGCUUUUCCUGAAUCACUCUUUCAUCAUCUGCUUGUAGCAAUGGUCCAUCCAGAUCAUGAAACACGUUUAGGGGCACACCGUAUAUUCUCUGUUGUUCUUGUUCCUUCUUCUGUAUCUCCUCAUCUCUCUGAUGCUCCAGAAUUAGCCAAGUAUGAUCUUCAAAGAACACUCUCAAGGACCACAUCAGUCUUCUCAUCUUCAGCUGCUCUUUUCCAAAAGUUAAAGAGGGAUAAGUCCUCUUUUAGAGAAGCCUCCCAAGGUCAAGAUGGACAACUAAAGAGCAGCAAUGAUCCCAAACUUCCCAGAUUGCAAUCUUCCAAAAGUCGAUUUUUUAGUAUUAAAAGGCUACAGUCGUCUAAAAGUCGAAUGUAUAGCGUGAAAGGCCCUCAAUUACCACCAACUACAGAACAAAAUUUGUCUGAGAACGAAGAAGUGGACAUUGUUCCCCUCAGAUUAAGUGGCCGGCAGAUUUCGCUUCUGCUUUCAUCUAUAUGGGUACAGGCCAUGUCACCUGAAAAUAUUCCUCAAAACUAUGAAGCUAUUGCUCACACAUAUGGGUUGUUAUUGUUAUUUUCUCGAACUAAGACCUCGAUGCAUGAGUCUCUAACAAGAAGUUUUCAGCUUGCAUUUUCUUUGAGGAGCAUUUCACUUGGAGGAGAGAGUUCACUGGCACCAUCUCGCCGCAGGUCUCUCUUUAUGUUGUCGACAUCUAUGAUGGUUUUUUCUUCCAAAGCUUUCAACAUUGCUCCACUUAUUCCAAUUGUUAAGUCAUCACUCAAUGAAAAAACGAUGGAUCCAUUUCUUUGUUUGGUUGAAGAUAGCAAGCUAAAUGUUGCAAGCACUGCAUAUGACCAUCAUGUUAAGACUUAUGGGUCAAAAGAGGAUGACGAUGCUGCCCUGCAAUCUCUCUCAGCAGUAGUAGAACUAACUGAUAGCCAGUCAAAGAACACCUUGGUUUCAUUGAUAGUAAACAGCUUAGGAGAUUCACCAGAUUUGGAUCAAUCUACCAUCAGAAAGCAGCUGUUGGAGGACUUUGUGCCUGAAAAUAUAUGCCUAAGUGGUCUGCAGUUCGAAGCACAUAUACAUGUCCAAAGUGAUAAUAAAGAUAAAAUAAACUAUGUGAAGGAUUUGCCUCCGCUCAUCUCAUUUGAUGAUGAUGUUGCAACAGAAUCAUCUGAGCAUGCCUCAGAUCCCCAACCAGAGUUUCCUAUAGAUUCAUCACUUCUUCUUGGCAUCAGUCAGAUUCUAGAAACGGUAUGUUCUCCCAAUCUGCUGUCUUUCAAACUUAAUUAUAUGCAAGAGAGAAACUUGGAAAUGAAUAAGACACUAUUUCAUGGUCAUUAGGCUGUGAA